GGUGAACGACCAAGCCAAAAUGAAAAAAGGAAAGAGAAAAGUGUCAAAAGAGGAGGAAAUCGCUUUGAGCCAUAUGCUAAUCCUGCUAAGAGAUACCGAGCUUUUAUUACAAAUAUUCCCUUUGAUGUGAAGUGGCAGUCUCUGAAAGACCUGGUCAAAGAGAAAGUUGGUGAGGUAACAUACGUGGAGCUCUUAAUGGACGCUGAAGGAAAGUCAAGGGGAUGCGCUGUUGUUGAAUUCAAGAUGGAAGAAAGCAUGAAAAAGGCUGCAGAGGUUUUGAACAAGCAUAGUCUUGGUGGAAGACCGUUGAAAGUGAAAGAAGACCCUGAUGGGGAGCACGCCAGGAGAGCGAUGCAGAAGGUCAUGGCAGCAGCCAGUGGAAUGGGGGUUGGUCCAGGCCCGGGUGGCCCCGGCAUGAUCAAUAUCCCUCCCAGUAUCCUCAACAACCCUAACAUACCCAAUGAGAUCAUCCAUGCUUUACAGGCAGGAAGACUUGGGAGCACUGUCUUCGUUGCAAAUUUGGAUUACAAGGUUGGCUGGAAGAAACUGAAAGAGGUGUUCAGCAUGGCUGGAGUUGUGGUUCGGGCAGACAUACUUGAAGAUAAAGAUGGCAAAAGUCGUGGCAUUGGCACUGUCACUUUUGAGCAAGCUAUAGAGGCUGUUCAGGCCAUAUCGAUGUUUAAUGGGCAGCUGCUGUUUGACAGACCAAUGCAUGUAAAAAUGGAUGAACGAGCCUUUCCCAAAGGAGACUUCUUCCCCCCAGAACGACCCCAGCAACUCCCUCAUGGUCUUGGUGGUAUUGGCAUGGGAUUAGGACCUGGAGGUCAACCUAUUGAUGCAAAUCAUUUAAACAAAGGCAUGGGAAUGGGCAACAUGGGACCUGGAGGAAUGGGAAUGGAAGGCAUGGGCUUUGGAAUGAAUAAGAUGGGAGGAAUGGAAGGUCCCUUCGGUGGUAUUGAGAACAUUGGCCGCUUCCCAGCUGGAAUGAACAUGGGCAGAAUGAGCGACAUGGAUCGUGCCAUGGGUGGAGGAUUUGAAAGAGAAUUUGGAAGAAAUGAAAUGGGAAUGUCUCGUAGUUUUGGAGAUACCUUAGAGAGAGGAAUAGGUGGUGGAAAUGCCAGCAUUCCUGGGAUUGAGAGGAUGGCACCUGGCAUUGAUCGUAUGGGCUCAGGAAUAGAAAGAAUACCUUCCGGGAUGGGGCAUGGGAUGGAGAGAGUAGGCUCAGAAAUGGACAGGAUGGGGCUUGUUUUAGAUCGCAUGGGCUCCAACGUGGAGAGGAUGGGAUCAGGAAUUGACCGAAUGGCCCCUCUGGGCAUAGAUCACAUUGCUCCCAACAUCGAGAGGAUGGGCCCAGCUAUUGAGAGGAUGGGAUCUGGCAUGGAACGCAUGGGCUCUGGCAUAGGCUUUGGCAUCGAGAGGAUGGGUGCUGGCAUCGACCGCGUUGGCGCCACUAUGGACAGAAUGGGAUCAGGUGUAGAACGGAUGGGCUCUGGCAUGGAUAGAAUGGGUAUAGGCAUUGAGCGUAUGGUCCCUGCUGGAAUGGGAACUGGAAUGGGUCAGGUGAUAGAGAGGAUGCCGGCCGGUUUGGAUCGCAUAGGUGCCACUCCUAUGGAAAGAAUAGGAAUAGAUCGUAUGGGAGCUGCUGGCAUGGAGAGGAUGGGCUUGGAGCGCAUGGGAGCCACUAAUAUGGAGAGGAUGGGCCCUGCUAUGGGGCAGGGCAUGGGAGCAGGCAUAGAGCGAAUGGGACUGGCCAUGGGAAGCAAUUUUGAAAGAACAAUGGACAUGGAACGUGGAAACUUUGCAGGCAAUUUUGCAGGCUCCCUUGGAGGAACUGGAGGACCUGCAGCUGGGGUGGCCAGGAAAGCCUGUCAGAUAUUUGUGAGAAACCUGCCUUUUGAUUUUACAUGGAAAAUGCUGAAAGAUAAAUUUAAUGAAUGUGGCCAUGUGCUGUACGCUGACAUCAAGAUGGAGAAUGGGAAGUCCAAAGGCUGUGGGGUGGUGAGGUUUGAGUCCCCCGAGGUGGCGGAGCGCGCCUGCCGCAUGAUGAACGGGAUCCAGCUCCGGGGCAGGGAGAUCGACGUGCGAAUCGACAGGAAUGCUUAAUAAGGAAUUGCCUUUUUAACACUGCUCCCCCAGUUUUGGAAUUUGUAUUUGGGUUUUUUUUGUU